CAUGUGCCCUCCCUCCUGUCUCCACCAGCUCCUGCCUCUCAAUGAUUAGCUUCUGUGUUUCCCUUCUCUUGGCCCUUCCCCUCCCCCUUCCCCUCUUUUCUCCAACCCCCUAAACCCUUACUUUCUGCCUCUCUUUUCUUUCUUUCUUUCACUCUCUAUAACCCCUUGUGCCUGCUUCACCUCCAAUUUUCUUUUCUUUUUUUCCCCUUUUUUUGGGCUUGCUUUUGAAACAGUUUUAUUUAAACUGAUUCAGGAUGUCAAAUUCUGAAACUGUAGCGAACAACGGCGCAAUAAUCAACCCAUCAGCGAAUAAUAGUAAUAGUAAUACCAACGGAGCCUUGACUGUAAAGAAGGCACCAUCAAAGGACCGUCACAGUAAAGUAGACGGACGGGGACGGAGAAUUCGGAUGCCGAUUAUAUGCGCAGCCCGUGUAUUUCAAUUGACCCGUGAACUGGGUCAUAAAUCUGACGGUCAGACUAUUGAAUGGCUACUACGUCAAGCAGAGCCAUCGAUAAUAGCAGCUACAGGGACUGGCACGACUCCAGCUAGCUUUUCAACAGUGUCGGUGUCGGUUAGGGCAGGAGGGAAGCGAGUGAGAACGACGGAGGAGGAUGAGAAUAACAAGGAUGACGUUGGAGUUUCAGUUGGUCCCACCGCCGCGGUUGGGUCUUUGGUGGGGCAUCCUCCUCCGCAGCCUCAUCAAGGUUUCUGGGCGCUGCCCGCAAGGCCCGAUUUUUGGGGGUUCGCUACUGCGCCGCCGGAUUUAGCGGCCGUGCAGCAGCAGACGUCUCUAUUUGUGCAGCAGCACCAGCACCAGCAGGCCGCAAUGGGAGAGGCGUCGGCUGCUAGAGUUGGGAAUUACCUUCCAGGACAUCUUAAUUUGUUGGCUUCAUUAUCGGGUGGACCCGGGAGUUCGGGUCGGAGAGAGGAUGAUCAUCGUUGAAAAAAUUUGAGUGAAGGGAUGGCUAUUUCGGUGGUGUAAUGGUAUAUAUAUGUUGUAUUAUAUGUGGAAUUGUUGCUUUUGUGUGUCGUCUUUGUCAAGAUGAAUGGAUGGUUGGUUGAGCAUGUUAGUCAAGUUAGGGUUAGAAAUUUUUUUUUUUUUUUUUUUCUCUUUUAGAGAUUGAAGAGUAAUUGGGAAUUCAAGUAAGCAAGUAGUUUUGUUUGGAGAUGAUUAAUUCAGUUAGAGGUUCCAAAUUGUUUACUUCUUUCUGUUCAUUUUUAGGAGGAGGAGGAGGGGGAAGGAGCAGCAAGAAAAAUAAUUAUUUCAUAAUGGGUGUGGCUUGAGUUGGCUGAUAUGAGAAAGUUGUAGUGAAUUAAGCAAGAAUUUGGUUGGUGACCUAUUUUUCUACUAUGGGAAAAAAGUUUCAAGCAAUUCUUUUUCCCAUUUUGUGUGGCAUGCAUGCUUGCAAUUUCAUGUUUGAAGGCACACUCCCAUGUCCAUUGAUGGAUGGAGUGGCAUAUGUGCAAGGGACUUAAAAAGAGUUUUCUUUCUUUUUUUCCUUUUCCUUUCUUUUUUUUCUUCCUUUAAUGUGUGCAGUUUGCUUGAUUUAUGCUUAGCUUGAUGAUUUUGUAUGAAAACUUUGGAUCAAGGGUUUCCAAAAACUUUGUUCUAUGCAUAAUCAACAUUUCCCAUUCAUGAUUCAUGCAAAUGAUGAGUGUUGUUGAUAUAUAACAUAACAGUUGUCUUUAUUUA